AUGGUGGAAUUACUAUAUGAAACCAAGGAGUUCGCACAGAGAUAUCGGAAGACCGAAAAUAAGUCUUUGCUAUAUGCCCGAGGAUUAACAUUACUUACGCUAGGGAUUUUAUUAUGCGGUUAUUUUGCCAUAGCGGUGAUAUUUUUGGCGUCGGACAAAGGCAUCACCAAAUCUCAAUUGCAAGAAGCUCCUCACAUACCUAUUCCUGAUUUGGAAUUCACGUUUAACUAUCAUUUUAACAUUACUUGCACGUUUCGUUACCUCGAUGGCCGGGAAUCAACACCCGACGCUUGCUCCUCCUACAUCACUCAACCUGCCUGUAAUCUAUCCGAGACGGAUGCAAGAUGGCACGGAUGGUUCACCGCGACCGAAGGUUUGGUGUUUAACAAGACCGAAAAACUCAAUGCUGUUUGGUACACCAUAAGAAUUGACGAUCCGAGGUAUAUUCGCGGGAAUGACGCGGGAAUGUUGGUGAGGGCUUACGACUCUGAUUUUAAUCCUCGCACGGUGCCGGUGAGCGUUAAUGCUCGCGCCAAAGAGGUCGACUCGGAAUUCUUUGCAACGUUGGAAAAUUUGAACUUGCACGUGAUUGGGUUUCAGCAGGUGAACUGGAUGUUUAUUAAUAGGCAUAUCCGAAGGAAAAUGGUUCCAAAUUUCUGGGCCGUGCUAGGCGCACCACCAAGUUAUUUCGACACAAGCUAUAUCACCACGAAAUAUGAAUCGGUGACCAACCCGACAACUGCGUCUGCGUACGCGAAUCAAUCGAUCAACGGAACACAAUUAUAUUCAAAUCUUUACGUGGGCGCGAUGGAUUGGUACCAGGACGUUAGCACAGAAACUAGGAUGCGUCAUAUUACAGAUUCCUUGGCUCUACUUUCAGGUUUUUACGGUCUUCUCGUCGGAACCUAUGUUCUGUUAUUCGGGUUCAUGCCGAUCGUCCCGUGGGGAUUCUGUCAGGCAUUUUGUAUGCGUCGGAAGGUAAAGCGGUCACUCCACAAACAAUAUCCCAAAUCCAUACCGUUGAUUGAGACAUCUGGCGACGACGAAACCAUUAACGAACGAAUAAAUUACCUGGAACAAUUUUUGAAACAGUUUGUUUGUGAUGUUGAUUAUAUGGAGGAUAUCCGAGAAGAAAACAAAUUAAAUGGCAUGGUGGAUGAGGUGGGAGGAGAUGCUACCGAUGAGGCGGAAAAGUCUUAA